AGUGUCGUGCAUUUCAGCGCUUUGUGCGGUCUCGAUUAUCAUUUCUGCAGUUGGCGCGUAUCAACCGACGCAGAGAUGGCUGUUACUAUGGAAAGAGUGCAUUUGGUACCGUCAGACGACGAUGACCUAUAUUCAGGCUACAACGAAUUCGAUCCUUCUUUAGACAUUGACGGCUUUACGCAAGACGAAGGGUUCCAGAAUGCUUCUAGAACCAGCUACGGUCGAAGACCUCCGACCAGUUCCGGUUUUCACGCUGGGAUGCCGAGCACUAGCACUGGAUUCCGCGGCCAGACGUCCGUGGUGCCUCCUUCCCGGCUGAACACGGCCACCACCAGCUUCGCUUCGCGGCCCAUGACUGCAGUUCGUGGAGCCGGAUACAGCUCUGCCACAGUGCAAGGUCCGGUGGGCAGCGCGUUCGAUCCUCUGGCGCAGGCCAAGACAUCGACGCCAUCGUUCAGCAGCUCGAAAGAGAGCUCUAGUCCCGAGGAGAAGCUGAAGCAGCUGGAAGGCGCCGUCAUGGAGCUGGUGGAGCAGAGCUCAAUCUCCGCUUCGAAGCAGCAGUUCAAACUGGCUUUGGACCAGGCCAAGGACGCCGUCGCCAAGGAGAGGAACCUGUCGCGGCAGCGAGAGCAGGCAGCCUCUGAGGUUCCACCCAACCUUGACCUCAUGUACUGCGCGCUGUUCAACCUCGCCGUGCAGUACACCAACAACCAAAUGUACACGGAGGCUCUCAGCACGUACCAACUAAUCGUCAAGAACAAGGCCUUCUCCAACGCAGGUCGCUUAAAACUGAACAUGGGCAACAUCUACUUCUACCAGGGAAACUACUCUAAAGCCAUCAAGUUCUUCCGCAUGUCACUGGAUCAGGUGCCGAACACCCACAAGGACAUGAGGCUGAAGAUCAUGAAGAACAUCGCGUUGGCCUUCGUGCGCAUGGGUCAGCUGGCGGACGCGGUCACCUCGCUCGAGUACAUCAUGGCCGAGCGGGCAGACUUCCGCACGUCGUUGCACCUGGUCGUCUGCCAGUACCACCUCGCUGUCGGCGCGGCAGUGGGCGGCGCGCCAGACAAGGUUCGCCGGAGCUUUCUCAAGCUGCUCGACGUGGCCCCGGACCAGGUCGACGAGAUCGACAAGUACGAGCCAUCCCAGGGCGAUCCAGCCGAGAUGCUAUACUAUGAGGAGAUAAAGAACGACUCGCUACAGCAGAUCGAGCGGGAGAGAAGACACGAAGCCGAAUGGUGCAUCUCAACAGCCGCCAAGCUCAUCGCCCCCGUGAUCAGCAGCUCGUUUUCCGAAGGUUACGAGUGGUGUCUGGAGCAAAUUAAAUCAUCCGCCUACGCCUACAUCGCGAACGAUCUGGAAAUUUGCAAGGCUGUCGCUUACCUGAGGAAACGGGAAUUCAAUCAGGCAAUCGAAACCCUCAAGGCCUUCGAAAAAAAGGACACGAAGGUUGCCAGCACUGCUGCCACGAACCUCUCGUUCCUGUACUACUUGCAAAACGACCUGUCUCAAGCGGACAAGUAUGCGGACCAGGCUGUGCAAGCGGACAGAUACAACGCAGGAGCUCUUGUGAACAAAGGCAACUGUUGCUUCGCGAAUAAUGACUUGGACCGGGCGGUCGAGUACUACCGAGAGGCUCUGACCACGGAGGCCAGCUGCGUCGAGGCUUUGUACAACCAAGGACUUGCCUACCAGAAGCUUGGUUCACUGGAAGAGGCCCUGGACUGUUUCUUCAAGCUGAGGGCCAUCGUCAAGACCAUCCCGCAAGUGCUGCAUCAGAUUGGCCGGACGUAUGAGCUGCAGGGAAACAUGGAUGAAGCUCUGGAAUGGUACCAGCAGUUGGUGACACUAGUGCCUACAGACCCAAACCUGCUCUCGAAGAUCGGAGACAUUUACGACUCUCAAGGAGAGAAGCAACUAGCCUUCCAGUACCAGUCGGAUUCUUAUAGGUAUUUCCCAUCGAACAUCGACAUCAUCGACUGGCUGGGGGCGUACUACAUCGAGUCGCAGCUUUACGAGAAGGCCAUCAAGUACUUCGAAAAGGCGACCAUUAUUCAGCCCAGCCAGGUCAAGUGGCCCCUACUGGUGGCCAGUUGCCAUCACAAGAGUGGGAAUUACCAGCAAGCACUCGCCACCUACAGGAGCCUGCACCGGAGGUUUCCCGACAACGUCGAAUGUCUGCGCUUUCUGGUGAGACUCACCAACGAUCUGGGCCUCAGCGAAUCUGCCGAGUACGCGGCCAAACUGAAGAAGGCCGAAAAGGCGAAGGAGAUGAAGGAGCAGCGCACGAGCAGCAGUGGAAGUAGAAGUGGAAGCCAUCGAAGCAGCGGUCGCCUAUCCAGAGAUGGUUCCGCCAGCAGCAGUACCAGCAUCCAGUCGGAGCCGGCGGUGACAAAAGCUAGAGCGGCCACUACCAGUGGUAGAGCUCGUGCUAAAAUACCACUGGUUGAAGCCGAAGAGGCGUACCAGACGUCACGCAGGGAUAUAGACGCUUCGUACGAGGACCCCCUUGGACCCUUGGAGGAGAGGCCCCGUACCGCAGCGAGGACAAGACAUCAGGUCGAGGACGACUUCGACAAUGAGGAACUGGGGGACGACAUGCUACCCGAAUGAACCGAUCGAGGUCGCCGAGGUCGCAAACGUCUAGGAAGGGUGGGACCAUUUAUAGAAGACAGUAUGCGGAGCGUUACGUCACGCAAAAAUAUCAAUCGUGAAAAAAAUAGAAAUUUGUCUGUCUUGAAGUUUCUCGCAAGGCAAGAUUGAUGCACGUGGCCGAAUUCUCAAAAGGUCAUCAACAACGAUUGUUUUCAAGUCCGUGAACAGUGAAAAAGAAGAGGUGUUGACGUGGUCGUCUGCUCUUCUUUUUAUUACGCGAUAGCGUUAAGGGCCCCGUGUCGCCUAAAUUCCGGUGUCGGCGACGGCUGUGUUGCCCGAUAGAGAAAAAAUUUCCGAGCCACGCAUGCCGAACCACGCAGGCCCCAUGCGUGGCGCAUCGGCGUUACUGAACAAAUUAAAUUUCUCAAAGUAAAAUGAGCCAGAAAAUUCAGGUGUGACUUACACGAAACCUAAAAAAAUGAUAGUACGAUAUUGUAACUUUGAAUGUACGAGAAAACAUAACCCCGUUACGCGGAAACUCAAACACAACGCCCUUUUCCAGCUGCUGCUUAAGGCCUGCCUUAGCAGGAGCAGCGCACCCCGCUUGAUUCCGUGCAACACCACCCAGAUGGCGCUUGCCUCUGCGUAUCCGCGGCAGGGGUCAGGGCCCAUGCCAGGGAAAAAACAAAAAACAAAAAAAUUCAGAAAGUUCGUUUUCGUGCAUAGCGUUCAUUGCCAGCGUUUCCAGGAAAAUAUUACGGUUACAUUAGCCGCAGUUGCCGGGAAGCGUGGGAAGCAGUCAGGGCCUUUUGGAUGUUAUCGCGUUCCACUCUUAAAGGCGAAGCUUCAGCGCAUUUCCAAGUUCUUUUUGGCCAACACAGAAUAACUUCCUUUACAAACCUGCAGCUUGCUCAUAAGCACUGGGGUGUGAGUCUGGACAUACGUAACGAAUAGGAACAAGAGAACGCUGACUUACUCUUCCGUUUGCCUAAAUACGAGACGCUUUCCGGAACAACCUGCCAAUGCGCCCUGCUCCAAUCAUCGCUAAUUUUUUUUAAAUCGAGGCUAAGUUGUAUCUUUCGAGCAGCGAGUGCAUGGAAGUUUUUAGUUCCUUUUUUUUUUCAAUUUCACGUUAUCUCCCUGACGACUUCACACUGAGUUAUGAAUGAAGGGCGGAAUUACCACAAUUGUUUAACAUACUAAUAAUGUUAUAUACUUCUUUCGUGAAUGGACAUGAACGGUUGAUGGCAGCUAUUUCGUAGGAAAGGCCGUUCUAGUCUGCAACUACAUGGGAGAGAAAAAUUCAAUGACGAUUACCAUAAUCCCUAAUGCGAAAUUUCAGCGCAGCUCUAUACGUGUUUUGAUUUCGCGAUAUAUUGGCUGGUGCGGGGCAAACGAUGAUAACCGAGACAAAAGUGAACGAGACCAAACUUAACAAAUCAAACAAGCGCGAGCAAGAGCUGACGCCAGCAGGCGACAGUACGAAGCGGCUGAGGCCAGAUGGAGUACGCAUCGAGCGAACGGGCAUGACAGCAGUCUCUCGCGCGCACGUCACUGAGAGGGCCGCUCCCAUUGGCUUCCGCUAAUCGCGGUUCGCGACUUUCAUCUCCCGCUCCGUGUUCUCUCUUUCAUGUUUGGCUCGUUCGCUCGGUUACGCCGAGACCGAGGCCGACGCUCGCCGCACGAACGGGCAGCUAAGAGCUGCGCUCUAGAAUGAAGACAAAGAUGUGACAGUACACGCUUUGGAGCGAGCGACCCUUAAUGACCUAUGCGAAGUGAUACCCUCGCCGAUGGUGAAAUGAAAGGUGCGUGGGGGAGAUCAGUGUAAACGUAUCUUAGAAAUAGUGGUAGCCUGGCGACACGAAUGGGAAUACGCAAGGGUUGGAAGACCAUAUAUGCUUUCAAGGGUGAUACGAUGAUGGCGUACGAAUAUGCUGGGUGAGUGAGUUUACCAGCAUAAUUAUGUACGGAUUCAAAAGUGUUUGUCAGGUAGGCUUUAUGAGGUCUCCAGGUGUCAGAUGCGUAUUCGAGCUUAGGCUUUAUGACACAUUUGUAUGCCAUAGUUACUGUGUCAAGAACCUUUUCGUAAGUGAUGAAUAGAAGAAAAGAAAACUUUUUAUGGUCGAGCUGUCUAUGGCUAGGGUACCAUAGAAUUUUCGGGUCCGAUCCUAACAACUAUCAUCGUCUAAGGCUCACACACCCCCGUAAGCUAGCAUAAAAUGCAAUGGCUCAUAGCCCCGUUAGGGAGAGGCUACCACAAUAAGCAAAGUAGAGGGAACAGUGCUUACAUUCUUUCGAAUCACGCAUACAAGAUACAGAACAGUAUGUACAAAACUAUCAUCAUCAAUUACUCAUACUCCCAUAAGCAAGCAAAAGAUGCAAUGGCUAAUAGCCCUGCGUGAUUCAUGGCUACUCACUUUGUGUGGAUUGGUUGCGAUGACGCUAACUCUGUGGUCGUCGGUGAUUUCAAUAUGGAUGCGUCGAUACCGAGAACGGAAUGGCUUACGCGUUUCGUGUUGCAGACAUAUAACUUUCGAAGCCACACCGAUCCGGCCCAAGUGAUCAUUCAGCGGCGUACGUGCAUCAAUUUGAAAUUGCGAAAGAGUGUUUCUGCAGUUGGAGUAUGCCGAUCGGUGUGAAUGAUAGCGACCACAAACCCAUUGUGACCGUCGCUACUAAGUGACAAUAAG